UACAUCGUAAACAAUUGAGAAAUCUCCAUUGGUGGAGGCAUGAGUGAAUGAAUUACAGUUUAUCUGUUCAGGGGAACAGAGACAGUGGAGCCACUGAAAAGAAUGAGAUGGAUCUCUGUGAACGGACCUGAAAAGAUAACUGACUUAUUGUAAAGUUCAAGAAUAAGUUGUGUUCUAUGAUCUAGGAUCUCACUGGCACUAGAGGUAGUUACAGUUUUGUGGAAAAGGAAGAGGAUGGCAUUGAUUCAGGUCACAGCCUGCACCCGCCAGGCCAAGUAUGUGGUUCUGGAUGUACAGAGCUGACGAAGUCACAGCCUCAUGGUGGAGGAUGACCUCACAUGCAGCACCUUUGUGACAAGCAGAAAAUAAUGCGGGAGCACAGACAGGAAGACUAAUUCUGACAAGGAAAGACAGAAAGACAGGGUUUGCAGCACGGGAUGAGUUCUGGGGAGCAGCAGCAGAUAUUUCUGGAAGAGAACUUGGAACCCUGAAGUAGAGUCAUAGAUGAUCCCAGGCCCCAGGCCGGGCGAUGCGGCGGGGAGAGGGCUCUGGUCUGGGGCAGAGCGCGGCCUCUCCUCUGCUCAGCACCAUCCAGCGCUGCUGGUCAGUUCUUGUCUCCUGGAGGCCCACGAUACAAGCUUCCUCUCUUUCAUGCACUUUCAUCCAUGGACCUCAUGGUGACGACUCUGCCCGCCCUUCCUUCCUCCCUCCCUCCCUCCCUCCCUCCCUCCUUCCUUCCUUCCUUCCUUUUUUCUUUCACUUCCCUGACCCUUAUUCAUGUCUUCUAACUUGGAUUUGAGGGGCCAUUGGGUUUGGAAGUUUUAGUGGAAGGCAAGGAAGUAGAGUCGGGGGCGUUCCUUUUGUCGCCUUCUGACUUGAUACCGUUUCCCCUCGGCAGACCCUCUUCUGGCUGUGCACAAGUGCUCUCUCACCCUGGGCACACACCUGUCACCAGCUUGGCCUGGGCACCCAGUGGGGGACGACUGCUCUCAGCUUCACCUGUGGAUGCUGCUAUCCUGGUAUGGGAUGUCUCAACGGAGACCUGUGUUCCCCUUCCCUGGUUUCGCGGAGGUGGGGUUACCAAUCUGUUCUGGUCUCCGGAUGGCAGCAAAGUUCUGGCUACCACUCCUUCGGCUGUCUUUCGAGUCUGGGAGGCCCAGAUGUGGACGUGCGAGAGGUGGCCUACUCUGUCAGGGCGGUGUCAGAACGUUGCGGGGAGGGAAAGGGGCGCGUUGGAGGUGCAAAGUCAGCCACCAUUGUGGCGGAUCUGUCUGAGACAACAGUACAGACACCAGAUGGAGAGGAAAGACUUGGGGGAGAGGCUCACUCCAUGGUCUGGGACCCCAGUGGGGAACGUCUGGCUGUGCUCAUGAAAGGUAAGAGUUGGGAGGGCGCCUGG